UAGAAGGCUGGGUUCAGUCUUGGUGUUACGCUGAUGAUAACACCGUCGCUGCUCCACACUACUAUCAACAGAUUCAAUUAUGGUGUUAAGUUUGUGUUAACAGCGUCGCAUUACAACGUACCACAACCACCUUAGUCGAGCUCUUCAACACCAAAUGUGAAGUGCGAACACAGAAAAGGAGAGAGAGUUGGUGCCAGCAAGAUGUCGACAAUCAAAAGUUAUACAGAAGUGUUUAUGAGCGCCACCAUAACGCAGUACCUGACCAACAACACCCUAGUCGGUGAUUUUCUACGACAAGUAAGUGAGUCUGUGUGGAGAGCAGACUUCUGGCUCCCGUCUGGUCUCACUUGGCAGGAUCUUCAGAGCACUGACAACCUUCAGUUCCCCGAGUUCAGUGAUGUUUGGAUUUAUCCGCUACUAUUUAGCUUAGUCUUUCUGUUUUUUCAAUAUAAUUUUCUGGAACCAUUGGUGCUUGCUCCUCUGGCGAAGGCAGUGGGUAUUAGUAACUUCCGGCCUCCUCCUCCUCCGCCGAACUCUUCCAUGGCGAUCAUUUUCCACCGAUAUGGGAGGAAAGUGCCCGAGGCAGUGCUGGUGGAGGCGUCGCGUGAAUCCAAGCUGUCAGUGCGGCAGGCGGAGAGGUGGAUUCGUGCUUGCUAUAAAGCAACACGUGUAAAUAAACAUGACUUGUUCUUGAGCGCUGGUGUAAAUGUCAUCUCUCACACCAUCUUCUUCAUCGGUGGAUGGUUGAUCAUGUAUUUUAAACCUUGGGUGUGGAAUAUUACACUGUGCUGGCAAAACUACCCUUAUCACAACGUGGAUGCUGACGUCUGGUGGUACUAUAUGACAGUACUGACUUUUUUCUGGGCUUCCACAAUCUCAGAUAUUGGCCAGCCUCGCAGAAUUUCGGAAGGUAAACUGAAGAUAAUUGUUCACCACGUGUUAACAGUAAUACUUAUGACUUUUUCUUGGGUCUGCAACUUCACUCGCAUUGGGACAUUGGUGCUGCUGGUGCACGAGUGUGCCGACAUUCCUCUGCUCUUGGCGAAAAUGUGCAUAUACGCAAAAAAGCAAACGGCUUCCAACAUUUUCUUCGUGGUGUUCUUGGUGCUGUGGCUCGCGACUCGCUGCGUGAUGUACCCAUUCUGGGUGAUGCGCAGUGUGUUCUUCGAGGCCACCACCUAUAUGUUCAUGCCGUCAGCCUACAUAUUCUUCUUUCUCUUAACCGCUGUCUUAGUACUCAACCUAAUGUGGACACUGCUAAUCUUCCGCACACUGAUACGACUCUUACAGAAGAAAGGUCCUCUAAAAGAAGAAAAGUCAUCAACGGAAAGUGAAGAUGAAGUCGAAGAAACGAAGAAAGAAGAAUGAGGCAGACACAUUAAAUUAAAUAUUUAUUAUUUUCAGUUUUCAAAAGUAUUACACACAUUUUAGUGUCCCACAAAGAACUCCAACGUAAUUUACAACUCACAUGGCUCAUACAUUCAUUUCUUGUCCACAUUAUAUGUUCUUAUUUUUGCUAAAAUAAUUUUGAGUAACACUGUUAACCUUUAUCAAAACUGAUCCAUUUGUGAAGGUUGAUGUAUAAAUGCAUGAUGAACAGCAUUAUUAUUAUUAUUAUUAUUAUUAUUAUUAUUAUUAUUAUUAUUAUUAUUAUUUAUUAUUAUUAUUAUUAUUAUUAUAGUCAAGCGCUAUACCCGAAAGGUCAUGCAGCAGUAAGUAAGGGUAGGAUGAAUUAGCCACCUGAAAUUUGAUGCGAGGGGCGAGCUAGGCUCCCAUGUCUGAUGUGUCAGACAUGUCCUCAUGUCAUGGCUUGUUUGUUGUUGCUGGGAGUGGUAGUUACCUUGAGUGUUGUUCCGUACAGGAUGGUUAUGCGGAAUAUAAUAAAAGUAUCAAAUUCAGUGACUCUCAGGCUCACCCUGGAACAGGUCAUUCACUCAACUGUCACAGACAAACUUCCAAUAAUUACGUCCAUCAUGUAUGAAAUACUCUGCAUAGCAUGGGCUUUCAAAUUAUUAUUAUUAUUAUUAUUAUUAUUAUUAUUAUUAUUAUUAUUAUACAUUACCACAAUGAGGCACCGUUAUCAGUUGACUGUUAGAGGUAUCUUUCAGUAUCAUGUCACAGGUUAUCAGUUGACUGUUAGAGGUAUCUUUCAGUAUCAUGUCACAGGUUAUCCACGAUGUUGUCAUUCAUAUGACCUGAAAGGGAUGUCGUAAUUCUGGUAAAGGGUUUUUGAUCCAAGGAAGUUGAGCUAACCCUCUCUUUCCUUGAAUCAAACCUGAUUAUUUCCCAUUACCUAGGUCCUGUAUAACUCUCCUACGGUUUUAGUGCUUCCGCAUGAUUAUAAUGGUCAUCCAAACAACUUCAUUGGUAUAAAGACAAAGACACAAGUUGCAGAACAUGACAAAAACACUACACGGAGCACUAAAUCCGUAAGGGGGGCACAGCCCCUGGGUAGGGAGUCUGUUUUGAUCCAGGGAAGGGGAUGUUAGGUCAGGUCGCCACCCAAUAAGGGAAAAUGUAGGCAAGUUGAUCAUGUACAUAAAAAAAAAAAGAAUUGUUACACUGAAAUAUAUGUUAACUCUCUUUGCUUAAUUAAAAUUAACACGCUUCUAAA